AUGUCGUUGCCAAAAAGAAUAGUCAGAGAAACGGAAAGAUUGAUUUCAGACCCUGUGCCAGGCAUUACAGCUGUGCCCCAUUCCGAUAACAUGAGGUACUUCAAUGUCACCAUAGAAGGACCCGAAUCUUCACCAUAUGAGAACGGAAAGUUCAAAUUAGAGCUAUUUCUACCGGAUGAAUAUCCGAUGGUUGCGCCUAAGGUGAGAUUUCUCACUAAGAUAUAUCAUCCUAACAUCGACAGGUUGGGAAGAAUCUGCUUGGACGUAUUGAAGAAUAACUGGUCUCCCGCUUUGCAGAUCCGAACCAUUUUGUUGUCUGUUCAGGCAUUGCUAAGUUCUCCUAAUCCCGAUGAUCCGUUAGCAAACGAGGUUGCGGAAGAGUGGAAGAACGAUAAUGUUCAUGCAAUAGCGACUGCAAGAGAGUGGACUCAUCAGUAUGCCAACUAG